CGAGGCGCAGAGGACUCUGGGAAGUGUUGUCCCGCGUCUAACGGACCGAGGGAGGCUCGCCCGCGCCGGCCCACAGCCAGCGCUGACCGGAGCGGCGCCUCCCGUCAUCCGGCGCCCAGCCGUGCCACUGGGGCGGCGCUGAGGUGUGGAACCAGGGCCUGCGUUCGCGGGUUCGGGAAUUCUUUAUAUGUUAAGGAUUCACUUACUCAUCCUCCAACUGACUGCUGAAUGCUUUCUUGUCUAUAUGAAAGGAACAAUUCCAGAUGCUUUAGAUAGAACUUAGAACACAAGGGACAUCGAGCUAUCAUGAUCCUUACACUGUUGUGGGCCAGAUAACAAAUAAGCUUUUUCUCAGGUCCUGUGCAUUCCCAAAAGGAAGAGGAAAUGACUAAGUCCCAGUUUGAAGACCUCCUUUCAGCAUUUCUUUUAAGGAAACAGUGACAUUCAAAGAUGUGGCUAUUAACUUCACCCAAGAAGAAUGGCAGCAGCUGGAUCCUGCCCAAAGAAACCUAUACCGGAAUGUGAUGCUAGAAAACUAUAACAACUUAAUUACAGUGGGCUGCCCAUUCACCAAACCUGAUGUAAUUUUCAAAUUGGAACAAGAAGAAGAGCCAUGGAUUGUGGAGGAAGAAGUGUUAAGGAGGCACUGCCCAGGUGAAAUAUGGGAAAUUGAUAAACAUGAGGAAAUCCAGGACAGACUUUUGACAGAACCUGAAGAUAAAGUCACUUUAAAGUCACUGACUGAAGAAAAAGUCAAUGAAUGUUAUAAAUUUACAAAUGUAUUUCCUACAAAAUCAGAAAUGUUUCCUUCGAUUCACAAUCUUUAUGAAUAUGACUUAUUUGGAGAGUGUUUAAAACAUAAUUUUGACUAUUCUAAUAGUGAAGCAAUCCUUCUAAGAAAGGAACAUUAUGAAUACAGUGAACCUAUGAAAUCAUUUAGCAAUAGCUCAUCCCAUUUUGUAGUAGCCCCCUUUAAAUGUAAUCACUGUGGGAAAGGAUUCAAUCAAACAUUAGACCUCAUAAGACACUUAAGAAUUCAUACUGGAGAGAAACCCUAUGAAUGUAAAAAAUGUAGUAAAGCCUUUACCCAUGAGGAGAAACUCAAUAUACAUCAUAAAAUUCACAGUAGGGAGCAGUCUUAUGAGUGCAAUGAAUGUGGGAAAUCUUUCAUUAAAAUGUCAAAUCUCAUUAGACAUCAAAGAAUACACACUGGAGAGAAACCCUAUGUGUGUAAGGAAUGUGGAAAAUCCUUCAGCCAGAAAUCAAACCUCAUUGAUCAUGAAAAAAUUCAUACUGGAGAAAAACCUUAUGAAUGUAAUGAGUGUGAAAAGGCAUUCAGCCAAAAGCAAAGCCUUAUUGCACAUCAGAAAGUUCAUACUGGGGAAAAACCUUAUGCAUGUAAUGAAUGUGGUAAAGCAUUUCCUCGGAUUGCAUCCCUUGCACUUCACAUGAGAAGUCAUACAGGAGAAAAACCUUAUAAAUGUGAUAAGUGUGGAAAAGCCUUCUCCCAGUUUUCCAUGCUUAUCAUACAUGUUAGAAUUCAUACAGGUGAGAAACCGUAUGAAUGUAAUGAAUGUGGAAAAUCCUUCUCUCAAAGCUCAGCCCUUACUGUACACAUGAGAAGUCAUACUGGUGAGAAACCCUAUGAAUGUAAGGAAUGUAGAAAAGCCUUCAGUCAUAAGAAAAACUUCAUUACACACCAAAAGAUUCAUACUAGAGAAAAACCUUAUGAGUGUAAUGAAUGUGGGAAAGCUUUCAUUCAGAUGUCAAAUCUUGUUAGACACCAGAGAAUUCAUACUGGAGAAAAACCCUAUAUAUGUAAGGAAUGUGGUAAAGCCUUUAGUCAGAAAUCAAAUCUUAUUGCUCAUGAAAAAAUUCAUUCUGGAGAGAAACCCUAUGAAUGUAAUGAAUGUGGCAAAGCCUUCAGCCAAAAGCAAAACUUUAUUACACAUCAAAAAGUUCACACUGGAGAGAAACCUUACGAUUGUAAUAAAUGUGGUAAAGCCUUCUCUCAGAUUGCAUCCCUCACUCUUCAUCUGAGAAGUCACACGGGGGAAAAGCCUUAUGAAUGUGAUAAAUGUGGAAAAGCUUUUUCACAGUGCUCAUUGCUUAAUUUACACAUGAGAAGUCAUACAGGUGAGAAGCCGUAUGUGUGUAAUGAAUGUGGGAAGGCUUUUUCUCAAAGAACUUCCCUUAUCGUGCACAUGAGAGGUCAUACAGGUGAGAAACCCUAUGAAUGUAAUAAGUGUGGUAAAGCUUUUUCCCAAAGUUCAUCCCUCACUAUACAUAUACGAGGUCAUACAGGUGAGAAACCCUUUGACUGUAGUAAAUGUGGAAAAGCCUUCUCUCAAAUUUCAUCUCUUACACUUCAUAUGAGAAAACAUACAGGUGAGAAGCCUUACCAUUGUAAUGAGUGUGGUAAGGCUUUCAGUCAAAAGUCACACCUUGUUAGGCAUCAGAGAAUCCACACUCAUUAGAAAUUCUGUGGAUGUUAUGAAUAUGGAAAAGAAUUCAAAAGAAAGUAUCCCUUUGUCUUUUGAGGAUGUCUCAUUUAAAAAUCCUCAGAAUUUGUAUUAAGGUGACAUGUAUAAUGAAAAUGCUGAUCUAAAACCUUAGGCAGACCUAUAUUUGUAAUAUUUAUCCAGCAAUUAUUUUAAAAGUGAAAUGAGAUCUACAAGAAUACCAAUGUGACACUUGAGCUUUAACCAAUAAUUUAAGCAAGAAAAACAAAAACACUACCAAAAUAACUGAAAAUUCUGAGAAAAAUAAAAUUUGAGAAAUUAUUACAAAAAAUAAAUACUCCAAGAUCUCUAAAUACUCCCAACUGUUUUUCACUAGCUAAAAGUAUGAUAAGGAAUUUCACAAACCAACUCAAAAUGUCAGAAAGAAAUAUAAAAUACCAUGAAUACAGCUCCCAGGUGGUAUAUUCUUUACAAGUUAGUGUCAUUUGAAUGAUAUUGCCUUGGUGACUAAGUCACUGGCUACGGAUACAGAAAUCCAGGGAUAUUAUAGGGAUUCUUUCUAUGUUGUGCUAUUGAAAUCAUUAGAGAAAGGCUGGCCUAUUAAGUACAUGGUAGGUAUAUAUGAACAAGAGAUCUUUGUACCAUAUAUAAAAAUUAAAUCCAAGUAGAUUGAAUACCAAAAUAUUAAAAAAUUCUAAUAUUAUAUGAUGAACUAUUUUAUCAGAGAACAAGAAUUCUUUAAAAACAAGGUUUUAAAACAUGGUGCAUGGGGGCAGGGAGAUGGACCAGGAGUGUAUGUUUUCCCUGCCAGGAGCCUGGGUUCAGUCCCGUGCUACAUGGUUUCGCAGCACUGUCUUUUGGGAAGUAAAGACCAAAACAAAUAUGAUAUAAUCAAUUCUGUUUUAGCCUCAGAGGCACCAUUGUGUGUACAAAGAUAUAUCUUACUGUGUUUACUACAUCUUGGUUUGUAUUAUUCUAAAUCAAACAUAAAUUUCCAUCAAUGAAUGAUAUAACGAAAAUGUUAUUUCUGUGGUAGAACCAGUGUUAAAAGACAAUACUGUUUGGUCAUGUAUGACUUUGGUUGCCUUUUAGGACCUAAAAAAUGUUGGGAGGGAGUUGUUAUAUUUAUCUGUAAUAUUUCGUCAAUAAAAGAAAGCAUAUAUGGCUGGUUACAAAUCUAAAUAUCAAA